AUGAUUCGCUACACGAAGGGUGCGUUCCAGACGCUCCUGUAUUGGUGGGGCGGCAUCAACAGGCAUCUGAUCUUGAAUUCCGUGCUCUACUUGCUUUUCUUAGUCGCCCUCUUCUGGGCCCAGUCCAAGUGGCCGAUAUUCCGGGUCGAGUCUUCCACAAGUGGCCUCUCGAUGCUGGGAAGUUUGACCGUGUUCCUGCUGGUCUUCCGCAUGAACCAGUCCAUGGCCCGGAACAACGAGGCCACUGAGAGGACAGACGAGAUGUUCGGCGAGCUGGAUUUUUUGAUCCAUUCAGUCUGCAGCUUCAUGCAGGGUGCCAAGGAAGACUGCUUGCAUGAUCUGGUGCUGAACCCCCAUCGGGUGCACUCGGAGGAGGAGAUCCGGAUCAUGAAGUUGCAUGGAGAGCUGGCAAGUAUGGUGCGAAUCCAUGUCGUGCGGCUAACCAUUGCCUUUGGCGUCAGCUGCUUGCUGUACUUUCGCAUCCUUACGGCCCUCGCAGAUGCCCAGGGCGUCCUCGAAGAGGAGGAUCUCGUGCAGAUCGUUUUUCUGCACAGCCGUUUGCAGGCUCUGCUUUACGAAGAGGAGAUGGAGCUGGUGGACCAGUACAUGGGCAUCUCCCGUGAGACGGAUGGCGCAGCUGGUUCGGAGGCAGAGUACCGGGCCGAGACGGGCCGCUUCCGCAUUGCCGCGCAGUGUUCCGGCCUGCUCAUGCGCCCGCGGAAGGCCGGGAACAACGAGGAGGAGGACUGCUGCUUCGUGCCGCAGAGCAGCGACAUCAUCCCACCGUUGCCCAAGGUCAUCCUCAGUAUGCUGGUAGAGACCUGCCACACGCCCUUGGCGCAGAAGUGGGGUUACCCUGAGCGUGUUCUCAACCUCAUUGCGAGCAUCUCUGCCGAUGCUUUGGACCAGCUGACGCAUUUGUCGGGCCUAAUCGCGCGACCCGUUUCGCUGGCAUACUACCAGCACUGCCGCGUCAUCGUGGUCAUCUUCAGCUUCAUGCUUCCCUUGGUUACCGAGGUGGGUGAGGACCGCAGACAGAGCCCUGGAAGGGUUCUCGGGCUUUUCGAUUUGUCCGGCUUCGGGAGCAAGCGCUUCCCGAAUGUCGCGGGGAGUCAGAGGAGGCAAGUGUUGAAGAUCUUCCGGGUUCGGGGAGACUUUGGGGAGGACUUGCUCGGCAGCAUCUUUGACAACAUUGUCUUCCCCUUCGUGAUCUACUGGGCUGCUGGGCCGAGAAUGUUCAGUGGCAAAUGGCUAGCAGAGAUGAUGGAGAACCCCGUGGGCGAUGACGACACGGACAUCAACCUCCUGCAGCAGCUGCAUGAGCUCGAGGUGGGUGCACAGUUGGCCAUUGAGCUCUGCGAAAACCGUCGGAGCAUGUUGAGGAGGACUUUGGCCAAGGUUUGCCCGAGCUGCUCGGAAACUUCGAAGUUCUGGAAGAACAAGCCGCCCUUGGUCCCGCCAAUCCACUUUGAGGACUACUUCUGCUGGCUUCCAAUCCCGGCAGCCAUCGCCGAAGGAAUGGUUAUGAAGCAUGGCCACGUGGACCACGUCCAUUGGGCCUUCUUUGAGGGCCACAUUGCAGAGUUCCGCACCUUCCUGCGGAAGGCGCUGAGGCGCCAUACGCCUGGCCGACGGAGCGCCUAUGAGGCCAUACCCCAAGAUGCCAGCGCUGAGGAGCUGAAGGUGUAUCCAGAGGCAGAGAUGGACAGCACCAUGGGCAUGAUCCAGCGCGACACCAACCAGUUCUGGCACUACCUCGCCUUCCGGCCCGUGCUCAGCGGCAUACAGGCACAAGGCGAGCUCUCGAGACAGGACCGACGGCUCUUCCCAGAUGCCUACAAGUCAGAGAUGGCUUUCGGAACCUACCGGCCGGGUGUCUACUUCGGCAUCAAAGGCCGACAUGCUGGCUCCUUUCUGCUGGGCCUCGCUUGGGGCUCGAUGGAUGGGAAGACUCUGCGCCACGAGUGCGAGUCCGGGGAGCUCCAAUCUUUCAACUGGCUGGAGCACGACGGCCGCAACUAUGGCCGACAGAUCAUCGAAGACCAAAAGCUGCAAGCAAAGCUUCAGACCACCUUUGUGAAGGAGGGCCACCAGAAGCUGCACGCGCGCGUGGAUGUCGAGACCUUGUCGAGCUCGAACGGCUCGAACGGCUCGAACUCGAGCUCCACGCGGCCCAUGUCUUUGUUCCUGUACUUGGGCGUAGAGUCGGGAGAGCACAGGCUAGAGGUAGUUUCCCAAGACUCGGAGUGGGAGGCGUGUGGGGACUUCUCCUGUAGAUCGCUGGUGCUGGCCGGCACCGACCCUUCGGGGCCCUUUCGGGCCCGGCUCUCUUUCAGGGCCCGAAAGGCGCGAUUCCAUCAGCUGUCGUCUCGUGUGCCCCACGAGGUGGAGAGCAGCGAGGAGGACCCUCCCCUCACAGGAGUGUGGGAUGCUCGGAAGCACUUCCAGGAGCACUUCAAGCGGGUUUCCAUCAACGCAAGCAAGGGCACCAAAACAAUCCGUGUUUUGCCCGACUCGGAAGCCCGGGACGCCAACUUCGCUGCAUUUCAGCUCGCGGGCCCCUUGGCCGGACUUCGGAUCGAUGCGCACGUGGCCUUCGGUUCCGCUGACCUCGGAGCACGCGAUGCUGAAAGCCUUCGGUUGGCGGAGCUUGCGAAGAGGAGCUCCGAGGCCUUCAAGACGCAUGUCGCCGAGGUUUUCCUGAAGCCGAAGGGAGCGAAGGAGAGCGAGUUGAAAGCGGAAGCCUUCGAAGGCGUGGCCGUGGCUCUCUCGAGCCUUUUAGGGGGCCUCGGCUCCUUCCGUGGCCGUUUGUUGGCACGCACAGAAGAGGGAGAAAAGCCGGUGCGGCUGCGGAGCUCGGUGCUCUUCUCCGGAGUGCCCAGUAGGUCCUUCUUUCCCAGGGGCUUCCUGUGGGAUGAGGGCUUCCACGGCUUGUUGUUGGCCCGGUGGCAACCGCGGAUCUUCCUGGAGGUGCUGGGGCAUUGGCUGGAGCUUCAGCAGGAAAACGGCUGGAUCCCUCGUGAAGUGCCCUUAGGAGCAGAGCAAGAGAGGCGAGUGCCCAAGCAGUUCUUGACGCAGGAUUCCAAGGUCGCGAACCCUCCCAGCUUCCUCCUUCCCCUCUCCUGGCUCCUUUCCGUCGAAGAUGAGAAGCUUGCAAAGCAAGCCGGGCUUUCCAAGAAGGAGCUCCGAGAUCUGGUGCUGUCCUUCAGCGCUCAAGCGCUGCCCAGGCUGGGAGCCUGGUUUGCCUUCCUGGAAAGGAGCCAGAAGUCUUCGCACCCCUCGAAAUGCUUCCGCUGGCAGGGCCGCACGGCUGCACAUUGCUUGGCCAGCGGCUUGGACGACUACCCUCGUGGUUUGCUGGUGAACGAGGACGAGUGUCACCUGGACUUACAGAGUUGGAUGGCCCUCUUCGCAAGGACGCUGGCCCGGCUCUGCCAGCACCUCGCAGAAGGAGAAGGAUCUUCGGCCUUGAGCAAAGAGGCAAACAGUGCCUGGUGCGUUGUGCCUCGAUGGUCCGAGCGGGCAGCGGCCUUGAAUGCGAGCCUCUUUGAGGUUUUCGUGGACCCCAAGGCCCCGAAAAACGCUCCCUUGGCAGACUUCCUUGGCCUUCAGCCGGUCGAGCGCAGUGGGAAGGUCCGGGUGUUGCCGCCCUGGCGAUCCGAUGGGCGAUGUGGCCCGCAGUUCCCGGUGGCCGGGUCUCCAGGGGAGUGCGACCCGUACGGAGGCGCGCCCUGCUGCUCGCCUUCUGGCUGGUGCGGCGGAUCCCCCGACUUCUGCGAGUGUCCCGGCUGCAGGCGCUUCGCGAAGCUCGAGGAGCGAAGUCAGACGACGGCCAUGGCCUUCGCCAAGGCCUUCUCGCCGCACCUGGGCUACGUCUCGCUCUUCCCUCUUUUGUUGGGACAUCAGCCCUGCGACCACCCCAGAGCCGCCAAGCUGCUGAAAGCCUUGGCGCCGAAGACGGGGGAGCUUUGGAGCCCCUUCGGCGUCAGGUCGCUCUCUCGCAAGGACCCCUUGAACCGGCAGGGCGAGGAUUACUGGCGUGGGAAGAUUUGGGCGAACUUGAACUAUCUGAGCCUCUCCGCACUUCAGAGGUGCUCUCGGGAGCUACCGGAGGCCAGAGACGCCUUCGACUCCCUGAAGAAGGGCUUCGUGGGUGUUGUCCUGAAAGCUUUGCAGGAGCAACGCUUCUUAAUGGAGAACUUCGAUCCAGACACCGGCAAGGGCACCGGGGCCGCGCCCUUCGCAGGCUGGACUGCACUGGUGGCCCUGGUACUGGCAGACCUGCCUUUCACGGACCUCGGCUCACCAUUGCCAGACUCGCACAGAGACGACCUGUGA